CACCGUACUUUUGGAGAUGCCAGUGGCGUGGUGCUGAAAAGGCUUGAGGAAAAUACCCCGCACACGGGAAGAAACGCACACUUCAGGAAUCACGGACACACACCAAGAGCCCGAGCCUGGCUUCAGCAGCAGCGUUGCGGUGUGGGACUUACAAGACAUGAGAACUGAGGUUGGUGUUGUCUGACCUCGCCAAUCAAGCUGGUUUAUAGGAGAAACGAAUUGGACUUGAUCCGGCAAUGUGGUGUUUCGCUGGGGCAAUCAUUGCAGCAGUCUGUGCAUAGGAUGCAUCCUCCCUUGGCUUUUGAUGCUGUGCAGAUCCACCCUCCUCUCCUCAGAGUGAUGAACUAAUAGGCAAUGAUUUUCUCCUCGGAAAUCCGCCGUGUUUUACUGUUUUCACGUUAGUUGUGUUUGUUUACUGGCGGCCCGUCUCCUCCCGGUGCGACACAUGCAAUUUAUAGAGUAUAUUUUCUAUUAUCGACUAGUUGAGGAGGCAUCCUUUAUACGCCAGAAGAAGAAAACACACCAUUAUUACGAAGUCUGACAGAUGCUGAAUAUUUUGCCACGUGAAUGAAAACGCAUAGGACUUGGAUAUACCUAUUUUUCUAUGAUACAAUUGGCAGCCUUGUCCUGGAGAACUGAUCCAAUUGUGUUAUUAUGCAACCGCAAGGAUCUCAUCUAUAUCUGGGUGUUUAAGCCACUGGAUUGCUCUUCGCCCAAAUCAAUGUGGUUUCUUUGGAACAUUUUCAGCAAAGGAACGCAUAUGCUGCAGUGUCUUUGUGGCAAGAGUCUUAAGAAAAACAAGAAUCCAAGUGAUCCCCAGCUCAAGGGUAUAGUGACCAGGUUAUAUUGCAGGCAGGGAUACUACUUGCAAAUGAACCCCGAUGGCUCUCUUGAUGGGACCAAGGAUGACAGCAGUAAUUCCUCUUUGUUCAACCUUAUUCCUGUGGGCCUCAGAGUUGUCGCCAUUCAGUCCGUGAAGACAGGGUUAUACAUCGCCAUGAAUGGAGAGGGACAUCUGUACACAUCAGAACUCUUUACAGCGGAGUGCAAGUUCAAAGAGUCGGUGUUCGAGAACUACUAUGUGAUCUACUCGUCCAUGUUGUACAGACAACAGGAGUCGGGGAGGGCUUGGUUCCUAGGGCUCAAUAAAGAGGGCCAAGCCAUGAAGGGGAACCGAGUGAAAAAAACAAAACCAGCUGCUCACUUCCUGCCCAAGCCAUUAGAAGUCGCCAUGUACAGAGAGCCAUCGUUGCAUGAUGUUGGAGAGACGGUGCCCAAGGCGGCGGUACCUCCUAGUAAAAGCACAAGUGAGCCGGCGGUGAUGAACGGAGGUAAACCUGUCAGCAAGCCCGACAAGCCCGCCACAUAGCCACACACCUGACGAGUGCCCAGUGUGUGUGUGUGUGUGUGUGGAGAGGGGAGGGAAUGUGACAGAGGCAGGGCCCCCCCCCCUCUCCCCGUCCCCCUGACUAGACUCCAGACCCUCUUUCUUCUGUGGAUCAGAUCCAGGCGAACCUCCCUCCCUUCCUUUCUUCUCUCGCUCCACCUUCCUCGCCCUCUGCCUCAGUCCUCCCCGUCUCCACCUGUCUCCACCCGUCUCCACACGGACGGAUGGAUUCCGCGGCGACUGAGUCCCUCCAGCACAGGAAGGAAGAGGACCUCUUAUCAUGGAAUGCCUUCAGAUUCCUCUGAAACUGUGAGAAUUCAUGUGAAUAACGCGUGUUUCACAGCCACGCUCGUGGUACUUUGCUUGCUGACGGUUCAUCCAAGAAACCUCCCCCCUCUCUACGAUGCCCUGUCGCAGCAGAGUCUGCGUACCUUCAGAUCUAUUUUCUAUACCACAGUUCACCAGCUAUGUUCUGGGAUAGAGACUGUAUAGAUAGAGUAAAUAUUUGGACUGUCGUCCUCUAUUUUUUACGAGUAUGUUCCCCUCUCCCUCUCUUUCUAUCUCUAGUCACACACUUUUCUCUUUGUCAAGUAACCUAGAAAAGAUAAAAACAUUUUGCAAGGGAGUUGUGUGAUUUUCUAAGAAACACAUUCACACAGAUGUGGCAUAAAAAACAAACAUAUAUUAAAAAAAAAACUAUCCAAAUUUUCUUCUUGCCUACAACAUGCACACACACACGCACACACACACUUACGAACAGGCAUACAAAGUUUGUGGGGGGGAAAAAAACCCGAGAUGUUGCUUUUUACAGCUGAUAAAAACACACUGGAGACUGGCAGAUAGCUCCUGCAAUCAUAGUUGAUGAAGUGCUAAUUACCGCCACUGCAAUCAAUGCGAGGAGCUCCCUACACACAUACAAACACACACACACACACACAUUUAUAAACAGAUGUGUGUGUGGGUGGCAGAGCGCUGAAAGGAAUGAUGUAUACAUAUCACUAUCUAAGUCCCACCAGCGGUUCAGUCCGCCUUCUCUGGUAAAUAGAAAACCUGAAGUCUAUUUUUCUUUAAUCUUAUUUCAGAGCGUGGGCUCUAGGAAUAUCUCUAGGCCUUGUAGGCCUCUGUCCCUCACUCACUGACUUCUUUGGACUACGAGGCAAGGCUUGUGGCUUUGACCCAGAUGGUCUAUAACUGCAGCACUGGCAGCCAUCUUACGGCAGCGUCUACUUAAAGCCAGAAAACAACAUGGCUGAAAACCAGUAGGCGACAUUUAUACUGGCUGCAUCCCUAUUUGGUUCGGCAAACUAAAGCAUGGGCAAGGUUAAUAUUGUGUUCUCUCUUCUUGCAGCAGUUAUACAAGAGAUGGCUUGUAUUGUAACAUUUUCACUGUAUAAAUCUUAGGGAAAAUGACUAUUGAAAACUUUUUAAAUGACUAGAUAUUAUUAUGAUUAUUAUGAUUAUUAUUAUUAUGAGAGGAUUUGUCUCCUAGCUCAGCAUGCAGAGUCCAGUACUGAUCAUCUUGGCCUAUCACGUGCCUGUUUGGACCUUGAUUCCCGGCAUGCAAAAACAGGUUCCCAGUCCCCACUGGGCCAAAGGUGCCUCACCCACCCGAUACAUCCAUGUAGAGGACACGUAGCAUUAUCCAUCGAAAAGCCACACUCAGAUGUAUUCAUUCUGAAAUGACCAAAGUCUUUUUUCAUCCCAAGAAGAACUGAUUCUUUCGAAAAGAAACCCAACCCCGAUUCCCUUUCUCUGUCUCUCUCGCUCUGAUUCUGAUCCAUCGAAGCUUUCACUGUGAUAGCAUUUGUCCUGUCGGAAAAGAGUCGACUCCGCUCAGACCCCCACAAAAGUCUCGACUGAUGUCAUUUUUGGAGAAGUACGUAUACCUUGAAUUAAUCACCUGCAUGUAUUUUCUAUAAGGAACAAGGUAUGGGUAUCGCUCUUCGCUCCGGGUAAGCUGAAGAGCGCCGACGUCCGGUGGGGGAGUUGAAUGGGCAUGUUGUAGGCUGCAGCACACUCACUGCUAACCUAAAGGUAACCCACCGCACUUUCCGUUUCGCAUUCUCAUCACGACUGUUAGCGGUUUAUCGAAGCUCUACCUGAUCAAACAACCUAUAACGUUUGUCUUGCUUUUAAUGAUUUUUUCCUAAUAGUUUUGUCGGAUAAGAUUUAGAAUAUUAAGUAGAUUGUCGCUGCUGUGUGCUGCUGAAACUGCAACUAUAUAGAGAAAUUGAUUUGGUAAAUAUAAUUUUUAGUUCAUUGGGAUUACCCGUGACCAUUUCUUAUCACAGCACAUCAAAGCACAUUAGUUAGAAGUCAAUAUUUGUCUGUACAAAGCUGUUAAUGCUGUAACAAAAAUGGCGUACUAUACACACACACACACACACAUACGGGAGCUGGAAACCACUGUAGUUGUAUUUGGGGCCGAUGUUCUGUCCUCAUCACAGCCAAUCAUCCUCCACUCUUACAAACUCUACAUGCUGGGCUGGCUGCUGCUCCAGCCCUGCAGUCCAGUGAACUGGCUCCUCCAAGGCUGACUUUAUUUUUGUAAAUGACCGGUGUGUAAAUGUACAUCUGUUUGGAUCUCCGCAACCACGUUUCGGUUCGGUUUUGCUUCUGUUCGUCCUCAUUUUCUCUCGUAUACGGGUCGCGCGUGAUGUCGUCCCCUGAUCCCGAUCACUUUUGCUUUCUCCCCCCUCUCUUCAGACGUGUUACAAGAAUAUUCUAGCGAACUUAGUUCCUCCGUUGCUUCUGUUCUCGACCUCUUAUUUUGUACGUUGUCCCAUCUGUUGCAUGGGGAGAGGAUGGCAUUGAUGAACUGCAUGUAGUAGGCUAUGUCUAUCAAGAACUGUUGGUAUGUACCGCUAAUUUUACAUACAUAUAUGCAACGAGUUUGUCUACACUAUACAGUUUGUGUUUGUUGUAUACACAUAUACAACAUAUUGAAUAAAAUAUUUAUAUAAAGGUGUACUGUAAUGUCAGUAACAUACUUAAUGCAAUAUAGUGUGCAGUAUAUUAUUGCACCUGUCAUUUUUUGAUGGGACAAUGAAAACAGAGGGGUUGGCUAGUUUAAGCAUGAAAAAGGCCAAAGUAGAAUUUACAUUAAAUUUUCUUUGUGACUUCUUAUCGGUCCUCUUUUCAAGUGGUGACUGAGCUCUUGUGUCAAUGCAGCUCUCAUCCCCUGAUGCCACCUUUUGAAGUGACAUGGACAUCCAGCAUGCCACAACUGAACUAUGUAUGCCCUCUCUUUGUUUCCUCCACUUAGAAUUUAACCUUAUCACGAGUAUGAGCUGAGUGCGAAAUGUCCAUCGCGUACCUCCGGUGCGGCGUGGGUUUCACGGCGGGUUGUUUUGGUUUGAUUUCCCGGUGGAGAAGAAUAGGCACUGUUAAAAUGAUUUAUUUUCAAAAAAAAUAUAUAUAUACCAUUGCAAGUAUGCCCAUUGGAGUUAUGUCAUGUUAUAACAAAUUUGUAACCAUGUAUGAUUAAGGUCUUCGCAUUGUUUUCCAUGCAAAAUGUUGUGUCAUGCGGCACAUUUAAUGUUUUAUUAUUAAAAAGAAAUAAAAACCUCAAA